CUGACGAGUUUGAAGUUGAAGGGACAUAGCCCAAGUUGGAAAUGACUGACUGGCUUUCUGUAUGUUUCUGAAUCAUGAGUUUACUCCUAGAAUAAGAUUUUAUUGUACAGAGUCUGAAGCUUUCUUACAGGAAUUGAUAAUUGAACUUUGCUGGUAACACAUGAUUAGUAUGCUGAUCUUUGCAUGAAGUAAUAGGAACUCAGGAUAUUUACUCAUCCCUUCCAGGACCAGUUUGUCUUCAAGAGAUGGAGGAGUGCAUCUUUGGGAGUGGAGUCUAUGGGAUGCAAGUCUGGGCAGUGUGUAUGGAGGUCCUGGGCUGCCCAGACAACAAGAACCACCCUGCUCUUGACCCCACUGAUGUGGUAUAGAGGAAAGGAAAGCAAGACAAGACAUUUGGCAUCAGCUUGGCAGCAGGAGUUGCCGGAAGGAGGCAUACAAGAUGCCAUCCAACCGCCUUAGAAACUCCACUCUGGAUUUGUGUAGGAAGAGUUUAAUUAUGUGAUGUGUGAAAGAAGUACUUCCUUUUGUCUGACUUCACUACCACUGAAUGUGGUGAUGGCCAUUAGCUUGGAAGGCUUUAAAAGGAGAUUAGAUAGAUUUGCAGAGGAUAAAGCUAUCAAAGGCAGUAACUAAUCAUUAUUUAAAUAACUAGGUUAAUAGGCAUGGGAAUUUGUGUAUGAAAGUGAAGUUCGACAUCAUAAGAAUUCAGGGUUUGUGGUGAUUGUCUUUGCAUUCCAACUCUGAUAUUCACAUAGAGCCAGAAGGUGAAAGCUGAAGGAUAUGAUGGAUUGCAUGAAUUUCUUGAGAAGCUGUGUUACUGCAUCACCCACAGCCAUUUCCUCUGCAUUUACCAUGAACCUCUAUAUAAGAUGGUGCUCACUCACUCUUUGCAACUGCUAAUCCCCGAAUGAGAUCCACAAUGGCUCUCAAUAGUUCUACAGAGACUGGAUUGAACAACACAGGGAUGGACACUUUGUGGGUGCAGCACACUUUGCUUCCAAACCUGAUUCUUAGUGCUUGCUUCCUGACGGGCAUACCUGGGAAUAGCUUUGUGCUCUGGAUCAUCCUAACCAAGUUUCCCCGGAGAUCAUUCACCAUUGCACUUAUCCUGAACUUAGCCAUGGCUGACUUAAUGGCAUUGCUCACAGUGCCAUUUUGGAUUUAUGACUUUGCGACCAGCUGGAACUUGGGAGAGGCUUCUUGCAAGCUCCUUGUGUACUUUAACUAUUUAACUAUGUACGCCAGUAUCUUUUUAAUCACCCUGAUGAGCCUGCAUCGCUUUGCUGUGGUGGUUCUUCCAGUUGCUUCCAAAAGGUGGCAGAGACCACAUGUGGUAUACAUAACAUUAGUGGCAGUUUGGUUGUUAGCAGUUGCCUUUGCAUCUCCAACUCUGAUACUCACAUCGAGCCAGAAUGUGGAAGGAGAUUGCUCAGAUGACGUGUAUGGGGCCCAAUGGCAGCAGAUUGUGGAUAACGUGGUGGAGACUUUGUUCAGCUUUGUGAUCCCCUUUGCUGUGAUUGCCAUCUGCUAUUCCUGCGUGGCAAGGAAGGUUGGGACUCUGAAAUUCCAUCAGAAGAUGAAGACCAAGAAGCUGAUUAUUGCUGUCGUUGGGGGCUUCUUUGUGUGCUGGCUCCCUUACCACAUCUUCAGCCUCCUCACAGUCUGUGCACUGUUGCUGCAAAGCACCUUCCCAGGUGUGGCAAAAACUCUGGAUCAUGCCGACAAGGUUGUCUCAAACAUUCACUGGGCUGUAGCCUUUUUAAGCAGCACUGUCAACCCCAUCCUGUAUGCCUUUGCUGCACAGAGUUUCCGUGGGGAGCUACAGGGGACCAGUUUUGCCAAGUUAUUUUUCAAGCUGCAUGAAGACGCUGAUGAAACAUCUGCUAACACUACAACCACCAAGAGGUAGGGCAGAUUCAUAACAAAAACUUCUUGGUUUGAACUGAGUUUCAUCCAUGUAAGCACAUGAUCAUGGAUUUCAACAGCUCUGGGGGUAAUAGGAGUAGUAGCAGCAGGGAAAGAUUACCUCGGGGUCUUGUCUUGGACCUGUCAAGUUUCUAUGUCCAUAGCAACCACAUUUCUGGUUUGCUCACAACUAUCCCAUGUGGAAAACUCCGCCUGUCUACUGCAGCCCAUAAACUCUCCUGCCUGCCCCCAGUCUGUUACCUGCUUCUUAUUAAAGUCUGUAAAAUAUUCAUUUUGUCCCAGUCCCUUCCAGCCCUCCUCAGAACAUGCAUCUGUAAAGAGCAAUGUGCCUUAGCAGGCCUGAGGUGUCUUUCCUUUACUCCAUCCUGCUUGGCACUUGGGUACCGAGGGCAGAAGGUGAAUGCAGCAGCCCUUUUGUCAAUGCUAAACAGAAAAAUGGAAGCCUCUAGUUUCCAACGGUUCUGAUAUUCAUUUCCAGUGACAACGGUAUAUCUGAAGCUAAACUGCCUUGGCCCAAUAUACUUGAAGGAGUGUCUCCACUCCCAUCAUUCAGCCUGGACACUGAGGUCCAGCGCCGAGGGCCUUCUGGCGAUUCCCUCCCUGCAAGAAGUGAAGUGAGGUUACAGAGUACCAGGCAGAGGGCCUUCUCGGUAGUGGCACCUGCCCUGUGAAACGCCCUCCCAUCAGAUGUUAAGGAAACAAACAACUAUCUGACUUUUAGAAGACAUCUGAAGGCAGCCCUGUUUAGGGAAGUUUUUAAUAUUUGGUGUUUUAUUGUAUUUUUAAUAUUCUGUUGGGAGCCGCCCAGAGUGUCUGGGGAAACCCAGCCAGAUGGGUGGGGUAUAAAUAAAUUUAUUAUUAUUAUUAUUAUUAUUAUUAUUAUUAUUACCAGUGCUUUUUUCAGGGGAGACACACGCAGGGGUACGCAUACCCCUAAACAUUUUGUGAAUCUAAGUUUGGCCUCAUCGAAGGGCAGUAUUUCAAUAUGAGUAGGAAAAUGAGAGUACCCCUAAACAUUUUUUUAAAAUAAAAGCACUGAUUAUUAUUACUACUACUAAAAGAGCAGGUGGGUGGGGGAUGGAACCUGGUAUAAUAUAAUACUGCAUUUUAUAAGAUAUCUAAGAUAAUAUGAAUAUAAGAUAUUAAAAGCCCUUGUUUUGAUAUUAGCCUUACAGGUAUGACGUUGAUGUAUUAUUGGUUGAGAGUAGGACUUAUUAAACUAUCUGAUGUAGUCAUCCAGCAAUUCCUGCCCACCCAAUGUGCCAGGCAUCAGUACAUUUGAUCUCUGAAGUGUCCCACCCAACCUGGGCUGUGGUGGAGUUCAGCAUGGACUAGCAAUGGCUUAUGGAUGGCACCGGUCUGUGGACCACCACUUUGAGAUAGCACUGGUCUAAGAUGUUGCUGUUGUUAAUACCCCGCCCCUCAGCCUGGGUUGCCCCAGUCACUCUGGGUGGCUUCUUGCAGGCUUGCUUAUAAAUAGUCUAUUUAUUGUUCACUCAUUGUGAGGCUUUUAAAUGUUAUAAACCGCUUUCAAUAGGCUUCUCCAGAAAAGUGCCUUUAAAAUAUCGUGAAAUAAAAUAAAUGGACCCAGUCUCUGUUGUGUGGCAUUAUGUUUGCAGGUGGAACAUCCCAGCUGGGGAAACUCCUGUUGAAUGUAGGCAUGAAGUCACCCAAGAUGAAACAUGAAGCAGCAUUGCCUUGUGCAUGAACUCUCAUCAUUUGCAUACAGCAUAUAAAAUGAAGGUGGGAAUAACUAGUGCUUGUGGUUGCUUGGUAUUCAGUGAAGUAUACUCUGUGCAUGUUCAGAGGCAAACUUUUCUUUCUUAUAACUUCUCUUAAGCCUGGCAGUGCUACAUUCCUGGAAGAAGAAAACAGUAGUUGUCAUGAGGGGGCAACUGCCACCAAGCCCAUUUGGGGGAAUAACUUUUUGGCAGGAUUGUUUCUGAAGUUCCAGGCCAGAGUUUGAUAUUUAUUCUGCUGCCAGGUAUGUUCCAGAGGACAGGUGCUCUCAAAAGCAGGCUUUGUCAGCCAGAGACCAAGCUUUAAAUCAAUUUUUUGGUUAGCCACCUUGCACUAUAUAAUCCGCUCAGAACUUUUAAUUGAACAACAUCAUACUAAGAAUGCAUAAACAGAUGUUAACUCACUUUAAGGGAACAUAGGAGAUAAAAGUCAACGGUAAACUUAUUGAAAGCUAGACACAUUUUUCAAUAUAUUGAAAAAGAAUUAAAACAUAAGAAGAUGAUCCUCACUGGAUAUGAAGAAAUAACAUCAUUUGAAUCACAUUUCUUGAGACAGUUAUACCAUUUUCUUUUUUCUCUUUUGGGACUUGGGUUUGCUCCUUUUGCAUCCAUCCAGUGUAAAUAAAACUAUGUAUUGUGUAUGAUAAAAAAAAUCUUAUUAAAAAUACAACAGGUUAUUAAAUGACAUAACAUAAGAAACAUUUCUGGUUGAAAAAGUCUCCAAUAUGAAUAUGCGAUGUUUUCUAGAAAGAGAAUCCAAAGGCUUUAUUAGAAAUCAGUGUGCUUACAACAGACAUUCAAGGGACCGUAGCCUUUUUAAGCUGCUCUCUGAAGUGCUAUGUGGCACUUCCAUGGGGGACUACAAAAGGCCAAUUUUGCCAAGUUAUUUGUGGAUGAUAAAUCUGCUAAGGAUACUACUGGUGCAAUGUAGCAUUUGUAAUUCCAGAUUUAGGCACCAUAUGUGCAAUACAUUUGAAGUGGCAUUAUGCCAUUUUUUAAAAGUCAUGUCAUCCCCCAAAGAAUCCUGGGAACUGUGAUUUGUUAAAGCUGCUGAAAGUUGUUAGGAGAGCCCUAUUCUGCUCACAGAGCUACUGUUUCCACAGUGGUUGAACAAUACUUUUUCUUAGGGAACUCUGAGAAUUGUAGCUUUGUGACAGGAAUAGUGGGCCUCUUAACAAUCCUUAGCACCCACAUGGGAACUAUUUAAGGGUGCUGGGAGUUGUGAGGAGACCCUUAACAAACUACAGGUCCCCAAUUUUUUUGGGAGAGGCCAUGUGUGUAUAUGGGAGCUUUAAAUGGAUGGUGUGCACAUCAGCUCUAUUUUCUUCUUCACAGCCCUUCAGGAAUUUGAAGACAACUAUCAUGUCACCCUGUCAUCUUUUAUUCUCCAAUCUAAACACACUUAUCUCCUUCAAACAUUUCUUACAGGAUUUGGUUUCCAGAGCCCUCACCAUACUGGUCAUAUACCAGUGGUGAAAGGAGAAAGGGGUCGACCAAGGAUGGGGCUUUCAUUUUGCUGCAUUCUAUUGUUUUUGGAGUGGCAUUGCUCUGUGACGUUCACAUGGUACACAUGGAACAUGGCAGGCAAUUGUGGUUAGCUGGGGUUAAGGGAAAUGCACUCUGUAGAUGCUCAGAGGCAAACCUUUAUUUCUUAUUAUUGUUCAUGAAUCUGGUAGUGGUAAAUCCCUGAAGAGCAGGUGUUGUGAGCAGGUAGCUGAUGAAACCCUUUGCUUGAAAAAGGCCCCAUGAGAAAGUGUGUUUUUGAAAAAAGAAAUGUGAGUUUAUGUUUUAUACCUGUUAAGGGAGGGGAAAGAACAUCACUUCCUGUUGUAGUUUUGAAAAUGUGUGGCUUGUGGUGGGGGAAAGAACUUCUGUUUUUCCCUGCAGGGACAGCAGAAAUGAUUUCUAGAUGCGUACUCAACAGAUUUUGAAAUGAAUUGUUUUGCAUCCACACUUACCCCACCAUGCAACAAGCCCUUACACCAGGGUUGGGUUGGGUAACCAUGUGUACUACCUUACAGAGAACAAUCUUCUAUUUGAAGAAAGACUCUAUCUCUAUCCUUGCAGGGGACUAGAGAUGGGUGAAUCUGUUAAUUUUGGUUUUCCACAGUUUUGCAUUCCAGUCUUAAGUUCAGCUGUCCGGAUUUCCAUAUCAGUUUUGCAAUUUAAAAAGAUAAAAAAGGUUCUCAUGAAAAUUCACCAGCAUUUUAGUGUGAAUUUCUCUUGCAUGAAGUUUUGCCAAAUACACACAUUUUUGCAAAGCAAUUUCCGCUAAUAUAUUGCACUUUGGUAUGUUAUUUUCACCAGCAUAUGUAUUUAUUUAUGCACACUUUACCUCAGUAUAUGCAUUUUUGACACAUUACUUGGCUGGAGAAAUGCAGUGCAAGUGCUAAUUUUGAUGAAUGGUUGUGUUUUGGUUCCCAUAUUCAUAGCGAAGGGGUGAAUUAGGUAGAUUCACCUUUAAAUGUGAACUGAUUCAAAUCCCCCUCCCCCCGCAAUUCCCACAGCGAACCUAACAUGCAAAGAGAUGGCAGCUUAUCUCUUCCCUUCCUGAUUGGCCAGGAGUUUAGGGCCCAAGAUAUGCUGGAGUGGUUGGUUCCCAUUGCACUGGGAAGAAAAAAAAGGAUAAGCCUGUCUUCCCUAAGUGCCGUGUGCCCCAUAAGGGCUACAUGCCUUUAAUUUAGAAAAGAAAAACUGAAUGCUAUUUAUCUAGAAAACAUUAUCUAGCAAGCAUAUUCGAUUCUUAAGUAUUAAUUGAUAAAUAUGUUGUUCUUGUGCUCCAUGAUUGUGCCCCAUGAUUUGCAUAGUUCUAGGAUAAUAGCACAUUACCCUGUCUGCAUAAUUUGUAAUGACAAUGCAAUAAGCAGUGCUCUUUUGGGAGUACAGGCUGGAACUGGCUUUGGUGCCAUUUGGCAAUCAUAUUCAUCUUUUCUAAACGCUACAAGAUACGGGCUUCAGUGUACUAGUUGGUCUGCACAAGUGUUGCACUCAUAUACUGUGUAGAAUUCAUAAGCAGGUUUGGGCGUGGAUGUGCAUAUAUUAACACCCAAAACCACACAACCCACAGAAAACUAGUGCAACUGGUGCGUAAUAGACAACCAUUCCUGUGUAUAAUCUUGCAUAGAAUAUAGAGCAGGUGUGGAGAGCCUUUGGCCCUGCAGAUGCUGCUGAACUCCCAACUGUCAUAGCAAACAUGGCCAAUGGCUAGGGAUGAUGGAAAUUGUAGUUCAGCAACAUCUGGAGAGCCAAAGGUUCCUCACACAUGAUAAGGAGACUGCAUGUGGUUGUGCCUGGCUGUGAAUCUGGGAGAGAGCACACAAAACUGACUAAAUUUAGCCCUGCCCCUGCUCCCACUGCCCCGCCUCCACAAAAUGGCACCAUGUGUUUUGGAUCACUGGAAUGUAAAAAAAACAACAACAACAUCAACAGGCUCAAUCCCCACUAAAGUUCCAUCUUGCCAGAGGUCACCAGCUACCAUCCUGGCAAAGUCAGCAAUGCAGCUGUAGAGAUGAGCAGUCUAGCAGCAUCUGUGGAUGUAUCAGGCACAUUUGGACUUCCCAAGGCAGAAGGGUGGCUCCGGAGCUGGAACAAAAAUGUUGCUAAAAACUGGGCGAUAGUUCUCAGGCAGUACUUGAGGAUUCUGCACCAUGAUCUCCAGCACGUUGUUGUGGAUUUCUUUAGAGAUGUCGCCACGCAAGUGGAGGAGCAUGGAAAUGUGGUCUUCGCUGGUGAAACAACAGGCACAAAACGUGUUACCUCUCCCCUGGCCUCCUGCUGCCAACCAGGACUGGCCCUACCUUUAGAAAGAGUGAGGCAGCCCCUCCACAAGCAGAUGGAGUGGAGAGUUGGAGAACAGAGCUGUAUGUUCUCCAAUGUGGCCUACCCUCCAAUCCCUUAGCUAGGCUGCUGUUCUCAGGUACACUGGAGGAAAGGUACCUGAUGCCAGUGCUGAAGGAAGAUUGCUUUGGUGGAAAUGGCCUUGUGGGCCAACGUGAACCCCCUGGCAGGCCAAGAUUAGCCUGCAGGUUGGAGAUAUAUUACCCUUGCAUCAUUGCUGGGGCGACUGCCAGAAAAUGUUUUUGGCCUUGAAUUUGGAGAACGGAAGGGAUGCCUAAGGCCUCAGAUCCAAGACCUGGCAUCUCCAAGCAAAAGAAUUCCAGCUCUCACAGUGCUGGAAAAGAACAAUUAUACUCUCUGUGUUGUAUUUCCCGUGCUUCCUGUUUAGGGGCAAAAUGCAAAUCCAGUGCUGGGGGAAGCAGUGCUGGAAGAGGGGAAAGUGUAUUUGCUUUGAGUGCCCUACCUGAUAUCAGGAUAUUUUGUCACGAAUCCCAGUACUUCCAGGCUCAGCAUGGAGGGGUCCUUGAGACUGACGAGCUCCUGCAGGUCAGCAAUCACUCUGAGAGUCUGUUCAUUCUCCUCCAGGCCCUGGGAAAGGAAGCAGGAGACAAACUAUAUCAUACCACGAGGACAGAACGGAUGGACCGAUGUGGAGGCUGCAAGAUGAGUUAUGAUUGUCGAGUGACUAUUACUACUGUUAGCAGUUGCAGUUAUACUGCAUGUGGGUUUUGCAUUUUUAUACAUUGAUUUUUGUUGAGAUGGGU